AAUAUUUAGAUGAAAUUGAAAUAAAUAAUGGAUUAAAUACAGACAAACGUAAAAAUUUAUAUAAUAUUUUUAUAGAAUACUUAAACAAUUUAAAUAGAGAGCAUGCACAACAAGUUUUCAAAUUUAUAUGUGGAAAUAUUCAUAUACCUCCAAAAUUUCCAAUAUCUGUGAUGCAAAUUCAAAAAUUAUCAAAAGUAGAAGUAACUAAACCUCAUCCACAAACUUCUAUUCCAACCAAAUCAAAUAUACCCUGGACUUCUUCAAUUCCUAAAAAUAUAG